CGGCACCAGGCGGGGUUCGCCGCCGACCUAUGGGCGCGCGCCGGGGGCGGGCAGUCCCGGCCGGUUUCCAGUCCCAGCGGGGUUUGUUAAAGUGACAGGCCCCACCACGGCGCGCCAGGGCUCCACGGGCCAUCGCACCGCGGCCACUGCGGCGGCCCUCCGUGUGCGGCUGGCGCCCGUGACAGCGGCGCCGCUCGGCUCCCGGCCCCGGAUCCCGGGCGCUGCCGAUCUCUUCGGCGGGAUGGGCGGUGAAGCGGGGUCGGCAGCGGCCCUGGGCUCCGAGGGUCGCGUCAAGAGCCUGGGUCUGGUGUUCCAGGACGAGGGCAAGGGCUGCUACGCGAGCGGCGAGACGGUGGCGGGGCGUGUGCUGCUGGAGGCGGCCGAGCCCGUGGCCCUGAGCGCGCUGCGCCUGGAGGCCCUCGGCCGCGCCACCGCCGCCUGGGGCCCCAGCGCUGGCUCCGCAGCCCCGGCCGCCGCCUCGGAGGUGGAAUACCUGAACGUGCGCCUGAACCUGCGCGAGGCCCCGGCUGGUGAAGGCAUCCUCCUGUUACAGCCUGGAAAACACGAAUUCCCAUUUAGCUUUCAACUCCCAUCUGAGCUGUUGGUAACCUCCUUCACCGGGAAGUACGGCCGCAUUCAGUACUGCGUGAGGGCGGUUUUGGAAAGGCCCAAGCUACCUGACCAGAGUGUCAAGCGGGAACUCCAGGUGAUCAGUCACAUCGAUGUCAACACACCAGCCUUACUCAGCCCCGUAGUGAAAACUCAAGAGAAAAUGGUUGGCUGCUGGUUCUUCACCUCGGGUCCGGUCUCGCUGAGUGCCAAAAUCGAAAGGAAGGGAUAUUGUAACGGAGAAGCUAUUCCAAUCUAUGCAGAAAUAGAGAAUUGCUCCUCCCGCCUGAUUGUUCCCAAAGCUGCCAUUUUCCAAACCCAGACGUACUUGGCCGGCGGGAAGACGAAGACCGUGCGGCACAUGGUCGCCAACGUGCGAGGAAACCACAUCGCUUCCGGGAGCACCGACACGUGGAACGGGAAGAUGCUGAAAAUCCCGCCCCUCCCGCCGUCCAUCCUGGACUGCUGCAUCAUCAGAGUGGACUACUCCCUGGCGGUGUAUAUUCACAUCCCUGGUGCUAAGAAACUGAUGCUGGAGCUGCCCCUCGUGAUCGGGACGGUCCCGUACAACGGCUUUGCCAGCAGGAACUGCAGCAUGGCCAGCCAGUUCAGCGUGGACAUGAGCUGGUGGGCCCUGGCGCUGCCGGAACAGCCCGAAGCUCCCCCAGAUUACACGGACGUGGUGUCAGAGGAAGAAGUCUCCAGGCACGGCCCCCCUUACCCGCGGCCGCCCAGCUGGGAGGGCGAGGCCCGCUGCCCCGCCUUCGCCUGCAUCCAGGACUUCCGGCUGCAGCCUCCACCUCUUUAUUCAGAGGUCGAUCCGCAUCCCAGUCGCGUAGGAGAGGCCCAGCCGGUCUCCUUCAUUCUCUGAACGCACCUCAGAAACCACUGUGACCCGCACCAGAGGACGCUGGCUCUCUCCCCCGCCUCUUCGGGGACUUCGGGAGGGACGAUUCGCUUAAGAACAUAAAUAGGUCAACACCAAGGAAUUAAAAACUACGUGAACUUUU